CGCCGUGCAGGACUGGGCGCGGCGCGAUCCACUCACCCCGGGGUUCCAGCCCGCUCUCCCGCGUCUCUCCUGGCCCUCCCCGCACCUGCUCCAGGGCCAAGACCGGGAGAGCCCCGCGGGCUAGCUCCCAGAACCCGCUAGGCACAGCUAGCGGACCUCGGCAGCUCCGCCUGAUCCAUUCAUUGAGAGCCGCGUAUUUUCCCGGAGCCCCAGUCCCCCGCCUCCUCCAGCUCGGAGCCGCGGGUAGCGCCAUGGAGAAGAGCAGCGAGACCAACGGCUACCUAGACAGCGCCCAGGCGGGGCCUGCAGCGGGGCCUGGCGCGCGGGGGAGCACGGCCGGACGCGCGCGGCGCUGCGCUGGCUUCCUACGGCGCCACGCGCUGGUGCUGCUCACAGUGUCCGGAGUGGUGGCGGGCGCCGGCCUGGGCGCGGCGCUGCGUGGGCUCAAGCUGAACCGCACACAGGUCAUCUACCUGGCCUUUCCUGGAGAGAUGCUGCUCCGCAUGCUGCGCAUGAUCAUCCUGCCGCUGGUGGUCUGCAGCCUGGUAUCGGGCGCCGCCUCCCUUGAUGCCAGCUCUCUCGGGCGCCUGGGCGGCAUCGCCAUAGCCUACUUCGGCCUCACCACACUAGGCGCCUCGGCUCUCGCAGUCGCUUUGGCGUUCAUCAUCAAGCCUGGAUCUGGCGCUCAGACCCUUCAGUCCAGCGACCUGGGUCUGGAGGAGACGGGGCCCCCACCGGUCCCCAAAGAGACAGUGGAUUCAUUCCUCGACCUGGCCAGAAACCUGUUUCCCUCAAAUCUUGUGGUUGCAGCUUUCCGUACGUAUGCAACCGACUAUAGAGAGGUGACCCACAACACAAGCACUGGAAACAUAACCCGUGAAAAGAUCCCCAUUGGCACCGAAAUUGAAGGUAUGAACAUUUUAGGAUUGGUCCUUUUUGCCCUGGUGUUAGGAGUGGCCCUGAAGAAACUCGGCUCUGAAGGAGAAGAGCUCAUUCGUUUUUUCAAUGCCCUCAAUGAGGCGACGAUGGUGCUGGUGUCGUGGAUUAUGUGGUACGUACCUGUGGGCAUCAUGUUCCUGGUUGGAAGCAAGAUUGUGGAAAUGAAGGACAUCAUCGUGCUGGUGACCAGCCUGGGGAAAUAUAUCUUCACAUCCAUAUUGGGCCAUUUUAUUCACGGAGGAAUUGUUCUGCCACUUAUUUAUUUUGUCUUCACGAGAAAAAACCCGUUCAGGUUCCUCCUGGGCCUCCUCACACCAUUUGCAACAGCAUUUGCCACCUGCUCCAGCUCUGCAACCCUUCCCUCUAUGAUUAAGUGCAUCGAAGAAAACAACGGUGUAGACAAGAGGAUCGGCAGGUUCAUCCUCCCCAUCGGGGCCACGGUGAACAUGGACGGCGCAGCCAUCUUCCAGUGUGUGGCCGCAGUGUUCAUUGCCCAGCUCAACAACGUGGAGCUGAAAGCAGGCCAGAUUUUCACCAUUCUAGUGACAGCCACAGCAUCCAGUGUGGGAGCAGCAGGCGUGCCAGCUGGAGGGGUCCUCACCAUCGCCAUUAUCCUGGAGGCCAUCGGGCUGCCCACUCAUGACCUCUCUCUGAUCCUGGCUGUGGACUGGAUUGUGGACCGCACCACCACCGUGGUGAACGUGGAGGGCGAUGCCCUGGGUGCAGGCAUCCUCCACCACCUGAAUCAGAAGGCGACGAAGAGAGGCGAGCAGGAGCUGAGUGAGGUCAAAGUGGAGGCCGUCCCCAACUGCAAGUCGGAGGAGGAGACGUCACCCCUGGUGACACACCCAAACCCCACCGGCCUUGCGGCCAGCACCCCCGAGUCCAAGGAGUCAGUUCUGUGAGGGGGCUGGGCUUCCAGCUUGCCUGCGGGGGAUGCCCGCCCCAUCGGUCCGGUCGGCAGACCCGGGCACCGCCUUCACUGACUUCUAGCCUCCCGUGCAAUGCUUUGGCCCAGUCACUGGUCUGAGGAUUACUUCUCAGCACAGGCAUUGGGCUUCCCAGCGGGACCUGGUUCCCAAGGACCAGGACACUCUGCCAUUUGGCUUACCAUGUCUAGGUGCAACUGUGUACACCCCAGCUCUGUUUGGAAACACACCCUCGAGCUGCCGGGCGGGGGGAGUAACAGGCUCACAGGACCUGGUGGUUAAAGCUUGGAAAAUGCACAUGUUGCUUCACUGCACCCAGGAAAGCUCAGCCUUGGGUGCUUUCCGGGCAGACCUGGACGGGUGGCAGCCAUCUGUCGCAUUGCCUCGUGAGCCAUAGUAAUUGGAAGAAUUCCCAAAUUCAUAGCCGCGGCUGGAAUUCACUGAGCUGGGCCUCAGGUGUCGAGAGUCUACACAUCGGCCUGACUGGCUUCUGGGUCACUAGGCUGGAGGCGCUGCACGUUGUCGAGUUAGAAAUACUCCAUGGUGUUAGCACUGCUAGGGUCUCUGGUCAGUGGCACUAAGUAAACAAUUACAUUCUGAAGUCAAAGAAAGGAGGGGGAGUACAGGCUGCAGGGGGAAGGGAAGCAGCCUGAUCAGGCCAGGACAUACACACACACACACACACACACACACACACACACUAAUGUCCCCAUUCUGGCCCCAGCCCUGGGGAGGUUUUCUGCUUUCAUGACCUGGGCCUAUGUCAACACUGUGGCUCUAUACCCAUCUACUCUGAUUUGGCAACAGGCCAGAGAGGGGCCCCCCUCCUCUGGGGAGGUGUCAUGUGGUCAUCACAUUCAGGACCCUGGCUGGUCUAGCAACAGAUUUUAAUCCAACUAGACCCUCCCUAAAAUGCUGCAUUGCAGCAAAAACAAAAUUUUAAAAACCCCACAAACCCACCCCUUCAUUGGAGUGAGGUACCACUGUUCCCAGAUGCCCUAGCUUUGGCUGAUUUCCAUAGAUUUGGUUUCCUUUCCCUCCAGGACAUCAGUUUAAAAUUAUAAGCUAAAUGGCCCACCUGAUACUUACUGACUUGAGCUGAGCCUAGGGGAGGGGGCUUUACGGAGAGAACAAGCAUUGCCCAGGAUAGGGAAGGAAAACCUAAAAGGCACUAGACUGCUAUUUCUCUGUGGCUGUUGGUGUGUGUCUGUGGGGUAACCUGCAGCAAGUCCUGGAGCCUCACUUUACCCCAUUAGUACAAUGGGGCUGAUGUCACCUGCCUCUUACCUACCUCAGAGGGAUUUGGUGAGGCAAACUGAGUGAAUCCGCGAAAAACGACCAUUUCGCAUUUUGCUUCUUGGAUAUCAAGUGCUAACACCCCCGUACCCUCCUUACUGUUACCUAAGUGAUACCUAAGUUCUCCAGGAGGCUCCUUCUUCUGGGGAGGACAGCUUUUACGAGCAGGGCUUUGUUCUGUGUGCAGGAGCAACUGUUAUCACGUCACUUGUUCUCUUAGUAGUUUCUUGUUAGCAUCAAAUGCAGCCUCUUCCUGAUGUCCUUCAUCUUUUUGUGAAUUAACUACCCCACCUCCCAGCACACUUCUUGGUACCUGACCUCCCCGCGACUCCCAGACCCAGGCACCAUUUCUGCCACCGCACACUGGCCAUUAAAACUCCCAAACUUUCAGCCUCGCUCAUUCCCUUGUCACAACUGGAAUGGGGGGAAGGGGGGACAGAGAGUGAAGCUCCCCUGUACUAAGAUUGUGGGGCAUGGGCCUGAGCGGAAUGGGCGGGGAAGAACCAAGGGGCACGGAGCAGACCUGGCCCUUUUCCCUUCAGCCCUCUUUAAACCAGCUAAGUCACUCCCGUCUCCUGUGAAGCAGGAGUGACCAGGAGCUGGGCUGAGAGGAGCCUGGAAGCCUCGACCCUCUGGCAUGUUGCUGAUGCCUUCUGUUUUCAAAGGGGAGAUAAUCACACUGAUGGAUCCCAAACUGCAAAUCCCAAACAUUCACUAUUUUUCAGGUGUCAUUAGAUCUCAUCUUUCCUUCUUCCACAUAUAUACAUGGCUAUGUACGUACACAUACAUAUAUGCAGCAUGUAUGUGGGAGGUAUACAUGCGGGUAACAUCUAUAUGUAUGUGUGUGUGUAUAUUUUAGCUCCAGUCCGGGCGAGUUUGAAUUUGGACAGAGGUGGACUAACUGCAAGUUGCAUGUCUUUGGCAUCCUGAUUUUCCUGUUUCUAAAGGUGAAUUUUACAAAACAUGGACAGUAGAGCUGGACAAUCAGACUCAGGGACUGCGCAUCCUCUAUCCUGGACCUGGGAUUGCGGUGAGGGGAGCGCCGUGCCUGGGGCAGGGUGCUUCCUUGUAAAAUCCAGAUGGUGAUUGCUCCCCUUCCCUUGGCUUUCUCCCUGUUUUUCUGUCUGCAACAAGAAUCAGACCAGGAGUGACCCGGCUGGGGAAAAUGCCACUUUCUCAUUGUCUGAAGAUGUCUCCCCUGCGCUUCUAACAUGUUGUCGUAAAUACUGUUCAUCUCUGACUGUUUUGUAUGUGUGACACUUGCCUUAAAACACAGCAGUCCUCAGAAAUGAAUACAGCCUUUCUACUAGGA